GCGGCGCCCACACCAGAAUCAUUCUUUUUCCUCUUCUUUCCCCCCAAGAAUUUCACAUUAAUCAAUUUUUUCAACACAAUAUGCUGUAUCGUUCGACUCGUGGACAGUCCAAGGGCCAGGGCUUCGAGAGCGUCGUUCUCGAGGGCCUCGCCGCUGACGGCGGCCUGUAUAUUCCCGAGACGCUGCCCUCGCUGCCGUCCGACUGGCAGACGGCGUGGGCGAAGCUGUCAUUUUCCGAGCUAGCGACAGAGCUGAUCUCGCUGUUUGUCGGCUCUGAUAUCUCGCGCGCAGAGCUGUCUGAUCUGGUGCACCGGUCGUACGCGACCUUCGAUACGCCGGAGGUGACGCCGCUGGUGGGCCUUGACGGCAAGACGCACAUCCUGGAGCUGUUCCACGGCCCGACGUACGCGUUCAAGGACGUGGCGCUGCAGUUCCUGGGGAACCUGUUUGAGUUCUUCCUUGAGCGGCGCAACGCACAGAAGGCGGCAGGCGAGCCUGACCACAAGAUCACGGUGGUGGGCGCGACCAGCGGCGACACGGGCAGUGCGGCGAUCUACGGGCUGCGCGGGAAGAAGAACGUGUCGGUGUUUAUUCUGCACCCGGAGGGCCGUGUGUCGCCGAUCCAGGAGGCGCAGAUGACGACGGUGCUGGACGCAAACGUGCACAACGUGUCGAUCGCCGGCACGUUCGACGACUGCCAGGACAUCGUCAAGCAGCUGUUUGGCCGCGCGGACUUCAAGAAGCAGCACUCGCUGGGCGCCAUCAACUCGAUCAACUGGGCGCGCAUUCUGGCGCAGAUCACCUACUACUUCCAUGCGUACUUUGCGCUGGUGCGCCAGGGCAAUGCUGAGCCCAAGCCGGUGUUCGUCGUGCCGUCAGGCAACUUUGGCGACAUCCUGGCUGGCUUCUAUGCGCGCUCGCUCGGCCUGCCCGUAGGCAAGCUGGCGAUUGCCACGAAUGCCAACGACAUCCUCGACCGCUUCCUGCGCUCGGGCAAGUACGAGAAGAACAGCGCGCAGGGCGUGCUUGCCACGCCGUCGCCCGCCAUGGACAUUCUGGUGUCGUCCAACUUUGAGCGCUUCCUGUGGUACCUAGCCCGCGACAACGAGGUUGUUGGUACCGAGGCCGAGCGCGCUGAUCUCGCCGGCGCCACCAUUGCUCAGUGGAUGGAUGAGCUGCGGGCAUCCGGCAGCUUCGCCGUGUCGCCCAAAGCCCUGGAGGCCGCCCGGGCUGUGUUCUGGUCGGGCCGCUGCAGCGACGCCGACACAUACACGACCAUCGCCAAGUACUACGCCAAGACGCCGUCCUACCUGCUGGACCCGCAUACUGCGGUCGGCGUGUAUGUGGCCGAGACGCUGGCCGAGGACAUCGCGCAGCUCGGCAGCCCCGAUGUCGUCUGUCUGUCCACGGCACACCCGGCCAAGUUCUCCGAGGCCGUGCUCAAGGCCGUCCACGACGACGGCAAGUCGCUGGACUUUGAGUCGAUUCUGCCGCCGCCCUUCGUCGGCCUGCUCGGCAAGCCCCGUCGCUGCGAGCACUGCGAGAACUCGGCCGAUGCUGUCGCCCAGCUUAUUGUCGCCAAGGCUGCCAGCCAGUAAUUGAAAAAUUCUUUAGAGGGAACAACGCAAUCAUCACUGGUUUUGAGGUGUCUCACACCACGACCAUCUCCAUCUAUGUAGCAUGGCAUGCCAUGUAGGAUAACGAAGCAGAAUGCUAUUUCGAAAACGAAAAAGGACACGAUAAAAGAAUGGAUAGUUUACUUGGCCUCCUCCUCGACCUUCCAGUACCAGCCGAGGACCGGAGUCUUCUGCAGAAUGCUCGACUUGAUCGUGGGCACCUGCGACAGAAUGAACAGGGCCGUCAGACCAGUGACCGCACCCCAGCGGGCGCUCGAGCCAAGCCUACAUCAGAAAAAAGAUAGCCGAAUAGUUAGCUCCGUGGCUCUCGUUCAGCGCGCGAGUUCGCUUGCUCCCCCGGCCCUCGCAGCUCCGUGUUAUCUCCUCUCGCCGCAUAGAC